ACUUGACGCUGGCUCCUCCGUCUCGCGCUGUCCAGCCCUCGGUAACUACAGUGGAUCUGUGUUGUCCCUCACCACCUGCAGCUCGUUGUCUAAUGUCCACAACAGUGUUCCGGAGCACCAUGACAGUUGAGUGGGUGUCUGCGUGUGAUGACAGGUUGACUGCUGCGGCCUCCAGGUCAACAGAGAUGGACUAUGAACACACACUCAGCCCUGCAGCCAACUAAAUCUCUACUCGUCCUGCUGUAACUCCAGAGCCAAGAUCAGCACCAAACCGCCAGCACCCUUCAGAGACCAUGGACCCAAGCUCCAACACAGAGAGGAAAAAGAUCUCCCGGACCAGUUUACCUGGGGCGUCUUCACCAACCUCAUCUCAUGGCUUGGAUUCAGCAGCUACCUGUUAGCUUGCUGCCAAAUGUUUGCUGAAGCCGUUUGCCUGAAGGUGCAUUGAAAGACAGAAGAAGCGCUCUUGGCUGGCGACUGCGAGCGGUUUUGUGUUUCUGUGCUUUGGUCUGUGAUCAUGGGAAAAGAACAGGAUCUGCUGGUGGCCGUGAAGACUGGAGAUCUUCUGCUGGCGCAUAAACUUCUCUCCAAAGUCAAGUGCAACAAAACCAGUGAGUUGCUGGGCUCAACCAAGAGACUCAACAUCAACUACCAAGACUCAGACGGCUUCUCGGCGCUGCACCAUGCCGCUCUGACGGGCACUCCAGAGCUGCUGUCUCUUCUGCUGGAGGCCCAGGCCACGGUGGAUAUCAAGGACAUCAACGGCAUGCGUCCACUCCACUACGCAGCCUGGCAGGGGAAAGCAGACUCCGUCUUAUUGUUGCUGAGAGCCGGAGCUUCAGUCAACUCUACUUCACAUGAUGGACAGAUGCCCUUACAUCUCUCUGCUCAGUAUGGACACUACGAGGUGUCUGAGAUGUUGCUGCAGCACCAGUCAAAUCCCUGCCUGAUGAACAAGGCCAAGAAGACUCCUCUAGAUCUGACCUGCGAGUUUGGCAGACUGAAGGUGGCUCAGUUACUUCUGAGCAGUAACAUGGUGGCGGCGCUGUUAGAAGGGGAGGGGGGGCACGACAGCCUGGACCCUCCAUCCACCACCCCCCUCCACCUGGCUGCCAGGAAUGGACACAAAGACAUCAUCAAGUUGCUGCUGAAAGCUGGCAUCGACAUCAACCGGGCCACCAAAGCAGGGACGUCUCUGCACGAGGCCGCCCUCUACGGCAAGACGGAGGUAGUGCGGCUGCUGCUGGACGCGGGCAUCAAUGUGAACAUGCGCAACACAUACAAUCAGACAGCUUUGGACAUCGUCAACCAGUUCACCACCUCCACGGCCAGCAGGGAAAUCAAACAGUUGCUGAGAGAGGCAUCCAGCAAUCUGCAGGUCCGAGCGCUGAAGGACUACUGGAACCUCCAUGACCCCACUGCUCUAAACCUCAGGGCUGGAGAGCUUAUUAUGGUGGUGGAACAACACUCAGACGGCCGCUGGAAGGGUCACAUCCAUGACACCCAGCGGGGGACGGACCGCGUGGGCUUCUUUCCCCCCUCCGUGGUGGAGGUCCUCAGCAGACGAGCAGGGGGCACUCUUUCCCGCCAAGCCUCCGUGCCUUGCCAACGGCAACAAUAUGUGUCCAGAGCUCCUCCCUCAAGCCACGGCCUUGCCCCUCAGACUGAUGACUCAUACACCCUGGGCAAUGAUCCCACAGGUGCUCCACCUGACAGUCAGCUCUCCUCCCCAGCUAGUCGUGCUAGCCCCACUCAGGACAUUUGGGUCCUCCGGAGCUCUCCCACUGGUGACAGGAACAGUGUUGGGAGUGCGGGCAGCGUGGGCAGCAGCCGCAGCGCCGGGAGCGGCCAGAGCUCAGAGAGCGGCCACAAACACAACGGGAUUCCAAAUCGCCAAAACGCUGACUAUACCAAGCCGGCUCCCUCUGCUGGCGAAUCAGGAGACAACUUCCACGUGGCUGGAGCAGAGCACAGGAAACAGGCAUACGGAUCCACAGGUGGUUCCCGUCUGCAGGCCAACGGCACUCCUCUGAAAGGCUUUGUGAGGCCAGAGGAGCUUCUGCAGGGCAAGGACUCAGAGGCCAUCUACCAGUGGCUGUGUGACUUCCAGCUGGAGCAGUACACAUCCAACUUCAUCAGCGCAGGAUAUGAUGUACCCACCAUUAGCAGGAUGACCCCUGAGGACCUGACGGCCAUCGGAGUGACCAAACCAGGCCACAGAAAGAAGAUCUCAAUGGAGAUUGGCAAGCUGAGCAUCCCCGAGUGGCUGCCUGAUUACAUUCCUUCGGAGCUGGGGGAGUGGCUGAGUGUGAUCGGACUGCCUCAGUACCAGAAGAGACUGUGUGACAAUGGCUACGACUCCAUCACCAUUGUCAAAGACAUCACCUGGGAGGACCUCCAGGAGAUAGGCAUCACCAAACUGGGCCACCAGAAGAAGCUGAUGUUGGCGGUGAAGAGGCUUUGUGACCUGCAACGCUCUCGUAACCAUGCCGACAUAGCCAGAGGCGGGACUCUCCGACGGAAACCCCCCGCCGCCCUGGAACUAGUGGCAAUCGAACACAUGCCGACACACAGUGUGCACACUCACGCUCCUCCUGACGACUGCUGCCCUUCCCCUCGCACCCCUAGGGCCCUUCUCUCCUUCCAGGACAGCGAGUUGAGCGCCGAGCUGCAGAGAGCCAUGAUGGGCAGGGCCGGGGGCGGCGCUGCCGAGGCCUUCGCCAUCAGGGGCGUGGCCUCCGCAGCAGCUGUAUCUGCCAUGUCGCUCAGUCAGGAGAGCAUCAGCGUGCGGUCACGGGGAUCUGGGAAUUCUGGGAAUUCAAAUUCAGGAUAUUCUCAAGAUCACCAAGCUUCACCGUGUUCAGCCCCGAUCUCCAGCCGGUCGGAGGAGAGUCUGGGGGGUGUUGCAGGGGAGGAGGCCACGGGUGGAGGAAGCAGUCCUGCAGGUAGAGGUAGACAGAGACCCACAGAGAUGUGGGAGAGUUGCUCUGCCACCCCCAACAAACCCUUCUCACCCCUAACACCCCCGCUAACCCCCAGCAAGAUGCCUCGCUUUGCCUACCCGGCCGUCCCCCCCAAGGCCAAACAUCUCCAGUCCCCCAACCGCCUCUAUCCGCCCUCCUCCCCUUCCGCUCCGUCGCCGCUGCCUUCCCCCCCACAGAAGGCUUUCAGUUACCUCCACACACAGGCAGGAGGCGUCAACGGGGGUCCACGGGUGCUCUCCAAACCACUGCCCGGCGCUGUCCCUGUGCUGGGACCCUGGCCUGGGCAGGGCCCAGCGGAUGACGCCCAGAGGGGCCCGCACAAAAAGCGAGCCCAGAGCCUGACUCGCUACGCUCUGUCUGACGGCGAGCCGGACGACGACGAUGACGACCUCACCCCCCCCUGCACCUCCACCUCCUCCCCGGCCGUGCCCUCUUACGCCACCUUGUCCCGCAGGCCGGGACGUGGCCACACGAGCACCACGGCGACCCAGCGCCACAUCAACCGCAGCCACUCGUUCGCCGUGCGAUCCCGCCGCAAAGGCCCCCCCCCGCCACCACCCAAGAGGAUGAGCUCGGUGAGCGGCAGCCCGGCACGCCAACCGGGAAACGGGAAAGUGGGAGAGCCAGAGGUGAAGGGCGGGGUGGAGACGGAAGGCUCAGGCAGCGUGAGGAGCAUUGCAGCCAAGCUGGAGGCGGGGGGCAGCAGCAGUCCAUGCAGGAGGAUAGAUAUACCACCAACUCAUAUCGCUGUUUCACCGCUUUUCAUCCCUCUUUCCUCCCCGAUUCCACAUGGGAUGAAUCCUCACAUCGUCCUACAGCACUCCAAACCAGUCCCUGCUCUGGGCCUGGGGGGCCUGAGGAGGACAGGAAGCGAGAGGACAGAAGUGGAGACUGGCAGACAGAGAGGUGGAGGCCCAGAGGAAACCCUUGAGAAAGCAAGGAGAAGCGAAAGGAUGUCGAAGAGUGCUACUGCUUCUCCGAAGCACAGCUCCGGGGAGCACCUCCCUUUUGCUGAAGAAGGCAACCUUACCAUCAAACAGCGGCCCAGGGCGGGGGCCAACCCCCUCACAGACGCUGAAGUCAAGGCUCCUCCAGAGCCUCCAGGCCAGACGCCCAGCAGCCUGGAGCUCCCAGAGUUCAAUCUGAAAGAGUCUGACACGGUGAAAAGACGACACAAACCCAAAGACAAAGACUCGUCAACACCUGAGGAGGCCACGUCCCCCAACAGAGACUCCACCCGCCCACAGGCCAACAGUCUCCACACACCCGAUGAUGUCAGGGCGCUGAGCGAGGAUGACUCUCAGAGGCCGGGGAAUAUGUUCCAGAGAGUAGGCUCCAUGGGAAAAGGCCCCAAGCCACCAGUGUCCUCAAAACCUACCAGUCCUCUGAAACAACCGCCCAACAGCAAACCAACAACCCCCCAGAAAACAGUCUCUUCAGGACCAGCUGCACAAACAGCUAUUCCUAAACUGACCAACAUACAGAUUCACACAGUUUCUCCGAGGCUGGGCGGCAGCAUUCACACACAGAAAUGUGUAGCCAGCCACAAAGCCGUGAACCCACAGACAGAGAGUCCACAGAAAGCUGGGGCUUUGUCUGGACCGAGACUCUGUCAGCCCAGCAUGGUCUCAGCAUCAACAGCAGGACUGAACGUCACUGUGGUCCAGAGCGUUGCGUUCGCUGCUCCGGCCCCCCCAGCUCCGGCCCCUUCGUACCCCACCUCGGCAGCCGGUCUGGAGGAGCUGGCUCAGCAGAGGCUGGAGCAGACCAGUACGUCACUGGAAGCUGCUCUCAAAGUGGUGGAAAACAAACUGGCCCAGGGGGGCAGUGUGGACAGCGGCAGCAGCACGGUGAAGGCAGCAGGGAAUAUUCUAGAUGACAUCGGCAACAUGUUUGAUGACCUGGCUGACCAGCUGAACGCCAUGUUGGACUGACAUCUUGAACCCAACAUGGGCAACUAGAGUCCCGCCAGAGGGAGAUGGAGACCACGCCGCCUACACGUGAUACGCAGCAAAACCACGAGGUAGGGCCCAGAGCAGACCGAGGCGCCGGAACGUUCUGGAAUCGGUCAGCGGCAACUAGGUCAACGUUUAAAUAAUUUGAACUUUGACCUCAGAACACAGCGGCAAUGUUUGCACUGUGCCUAGCGUCGCAUGUCCAGACCUUCUUCCACAGCACUGCAGGGGAGGGUCUGGCUAGUCCACACAGAAUUCUGGGAUGGGAGAACAACCUGCUCUGGUUUAUUGACAUUUCUUUAAACCAAUCACAAUCUGCAUCCGGCUGAAUUUCCGGAGCGGUGCGGCCCAACCAGCGCUGCACCUAGUUGGGCCGCACCGCUCUCCCCCGUCGCAGAACAAUGGAACGGCCGGCACAGAGCUGGGUUACCACGGAUCACGUGUAGGCAGCUUAAAAGCAGAGACGGUCUUCAUGACAGAGACGCGCCAUGCUCAUUUGAGGAUUUCCUGCCCAACACUUCCUCAGUAUUGCCCAGGUUUUCAACGCGAGCACUUCGCCUUAGGACACACACCUGGGAAUGUAAACGGAGCGUGUGUGUUCACUAAGUUUCAUCACCAAAGGGAAUGAGGGGCCAUUUUUAUUUAUGUUAUCUGUAAAUGUAUGGAUGAGUCGAUGUUGGCGCUGUGGAUGUGUGUAGUCACAUAACAUUAUACUGAGUAUAUUUAUACUUCUAUAUGUUUGUUUUUUUAACAAAUGGACUUCCUAUUGACUGCUUAAAUCAUUCUAUACUAGCAUAACUGUGUUUUUUAUAUAAAUAUAUAGCUGCUUAUUGUCUAUAACAUGGGGAAAAUAUAUUGCUUGUUGUAGUUAACGCAGCAUAUUCCUGAUAUGAUUUGACGUGUUUUUACCAAAGUCUUUUAUUAUGGACACAAAGGAGGAGACAUUGUCCCCUCGUAGCGUUCUCAUCAGAGCAGAGACGUGUCAGCUGGCCUCAGGGUGCUGCUUCCAAACAACGGGAGACAGCGGGCGGUUCCAAAGCAUUCAGUCUGAAUAUGAUCCGUAUUUCAAACCCUGUGAAGGUGCAGAUGUAUUGGCUUGGAACCACGUGUUAGCCUGUCUGAUAGCUGCUCUGUUCUCUGCGGUUCUUUUGGAGCGUAGGUUCUACACGUCUUCAGAAAUGAACGCUACGCGUCUGAAGGCACAUGGACGUGGGGGCAGCAUGUCACGUGGCAGGCAGGUCAGCAGCUGUUCCAUACUCCAGGCCAGUGAUGAUCCGGCCCUGACCUGCCCCCCCCCAGAGGAUAUACGUUUAAUCCCCCCAGGUACAGGUAUAAACCGUGCUCUUGGUGUCCCAGCCGCUUGUCUACGUGUACGCAUUGUUCAAAGCAAGUAAAUCGGCGCCUUAUGAGAUCGGAAGUCCAGAGUGGAAUCAUGAAAGACUUUUACAUUCUUAAUCAUAAUCAACAAAUGAAAAAUAGAUGCAUUUUUUAAAACGCCAUUGUGCAUUUAAACUAUGCAUUAUGUUUAGAAAAAGUCUGCUGCCUGUAGUUUCCUUCUUUAUCGUUGACACUUGCUUCCUGCUUUGAUGAGGCAGGAGCUCUGAUUGGCCUAAAAGAAUUAUACACCAUAGUUAUGAAUGAAUUUAAUGAUUGUAAACAUUUAAAAUGUAGCUUUUAUGUUUCUUUAAAGCUAGGCAUGCUUUUCUUGGCUGUUUAGUGGUUACUAAGAUGAAAAACACAUUUCAAACCAGCGCAUUAACUCGUCCCUCAUACCACGUCAGAAACGUUGGUGUAAAACAACAAAGACAACAACUCCCAGCAUGCAGCACUACUUCAUGACAUCAUCAGAUUCCGUCUUUUGUUGUUGAGACCCGUAGGGGGGGGGGGUAAAAUAAAAGCGUUGUCUUUAAAAUGAAGAAAUCCCAAAAUGGAAACUGUACGUGUUAAAGCAGGAAGCUACAGAUCGUUUGGAGAGAGAAUAAGAGAAAAUGGAACUAUUGGUAAUCUUUUAGAUUAUUAGUUUUCAGGCAUCAUUAAAAUGAUUCCAGCACGCUCUCACAGCUCCUCUCUGGCGUUAUCGUCUUAUUCUUUUUUUUUACUGCUGCAAUGGAUUCAUUUCCCAGUGGGAAUCAAUCACUUGUUCCUGUCCCAUCAGACGUGUUACUGUGGACGUGUGGACGUGGUCGUCCCUCACAGCUAACAGACGCAUUCAGGAUCACCACUUUAUAGAAGCCAGAUCUCUCAAAGAGAUCACAAAUUGAUCUUAAUGCUUGGUUGUAUUCUUCUUUCAUAUCCCUCUCACAUUAUGCACCUUAUAGAGAGGCUUUAUUACCUUCUGGGUCCACCCCCAGUCACUGACCCAGGUCCAGACCACGCUGACUGGGUCUGGCAGCCAACGUCUUUCAAUGAGGCUGAUUAAUAAAAGCCAUCUUUAAUCCGACAUUUUUCCAUAGAAAUGCACUCUGAGUUUUUAGAACAUUCUUCCCAAACCUUUGCAGCAAGAAGAUUUAGAUAAACUGUAAAAAUUGUGGAUUUUUAAUGUUCAAGGCAUAAAGUUCAAGCACUAUUGAUUCUUUUGUUCUAUUUUGAUGGAUGUCUGUUACUUUUUAUAUUUCCAUUUGGAUUCUGUAUCAUCCUGGAAAUCAUUAAAAGGAGAAUUUGUA